AUGGCUUCCGAGGGUUUCCGGCCGCUCGACGAGAAGUUACUGGUGGAGUACGUCAAGAAAACGCCAUCUCUGGCCGCGAAGCUGGGUGAUCAGUUCGACAAUCUCGAAAUCAGAGAAGUAGGCGAUGGAAAUCUCAACUUCGUCUAUAUUGUAAUUGGUCCAUCGGGAUCCUUCGUCGUCAAACAGGCUCUGCCAUAUGUUCGCUGUAUAGGGGAAUCUUGGCCAAUGUCAAAAGAGCGAGCCUAUUUUGAAUCAUCAACUUUACUAGAACAUGGCAGGCUGUGUCCAGAUCAUGUUCCCGAGGUGUACCAUUUUGACAGGGCAAUGUGUUUGAUUGGCAUGCGCUACAUUGAACCGCCUCACAUUAUCUUAAGGAAAGGGCUAAUUUCUGGGAUUGAGUAUCCAUUGCUUGCGGAACAUGUAUCUGAGUAUAUGUCAAGGACACUGUUCUAUACUUCCCUACUUUAUCUGACCACUACAGAACAUAAGAGUGCAGUUGCUAAAUAUUGUGGGAAUGUGGAGUUAUGCAGACUUACUGAACAGGUUAUCUUUUCGGAUCCCUACAAAGUAUCUGAGUAUAACCGUUGGACAACUCCUUACCUUGAUGAUGAUGCUAAGGCAGUUCGAGAGGACAACAUUUUGAAACUUGAAGUUGCUGAGCUAAAAUCCAAGUUCUGUGAGAAAACCCAAGCUCUUAUACACGGUGAUCUCCAUACAGGUUCGGUCAUGGUUACCAAAGACUCAACUCAACUGAUAGAUCCUGAAUUUUCUUUCUACGCGCCAAUGGGAUUUGAUAUUGGAGCUUUUAUUGGAAACCUGAUUUUAGCUUAUUUUUCUCAAGACGGACAUGCACACGAGGGGUCUGAUCGUAAACUGUAUAAGGAGUGGAUUUUGAAAACAAUAUCAGAUACUUGGAACCUCUUCUACAGAAAGUUUACUGCCCUGUGGGAUAAAUACCAGGAUGGUCCUGGCGAAGCUUAUCUUUCAGCAAUAUAUAAUAACCCAGAGCUUCAGUUGCUGGUAAAACAGAAAUACAUGGAAGAUCUUCUCCAUGAUACACUUGGAUUUGGGGCUGCAAAAAUGAUAAGGAGAAUAGUGGGUGUUGCUCAUGUUGAGGAUUUUGAGUCAAUCAAGGAGGCUAGCAACCGAGCAGAAUGUGAGCGCAAAGCUCUUAACUGUGCUAAGACCCUUCUAAAGGAGAGGAAGAAAUUCCACAGCAUUGGUGAAGUUGUUUCAGCCAUUGAGCAAUUUGCCAAAUGA